ACGGGCUCGAGGAUCCGCGCGCAAUCGCGACUCAAUUCGCUUUGCCCACGCCCGAAGUCCAGAUCUUUCGCGGCCCUUGACUGCAACGCGGUGCGAACGUGGUGCGCAGCUUCUUUCGCUCUGUACUGCUCUGCCUCCGCUCGCACCGACCAUUCCAAGAACGCCUGCCGCUUCUGCUCCUGCUGCUGCUGCCCGCCGCUCCGUAACUGUGCUUCCAUGGUAAACGCUUUCUUCGGUCAGGUCGUUGGAUGGUGCCUGUCUGCGCAGUCGUUGCUGAGUCAUCCGGGCCCUGCCCUGCUGAAACCGCAGGCACAUGCACACGCACACCGACGGAGAUUUCUCACGAUGGGACUCUAAUUGGUGGACUGUAUCCAGAAUAGCGGACCAGAUCACUGUUCAGAAAUUCGUGGACGAAAGCUCAGAGUUUGCUCUCAUGUUUCAAGGUCGCUGUUUGCAGGAGGUUGAGUAGCCGAGUGAAGAUCCGCUGACUUCCUUCAAGAGGUAGAUACGCCAAGAAUCUACUUUCCACAUAACAGAUCAUGCUAACAAGCCAUGACGUUCAGGUUUGGAGCCGUAUUAAUAGGAUGAGAUUUUUUAGCGAUGGAAGGCAUUAGUCACUUGAUGCUGGCCGGGUGGGUGGUGGGGGCUGUGGGAUGCUCACGGAGAGCAACGGGUGCACAUGCAGUGCUCUCUAAUAGCAGGUUCAGUUGUUUAUUGUCUCUCUGUAAUCUGGUUCAUGUAGUGUUGUUAUUCCGUUCCCUGGAUUCUUGCUUUCAAGUUUGCCGUCAAUGUACGGGUUAAUUAGUGUUCCGUACCUGAGAUGCGUGUUCAUGAGAUCAAACAAUCGCAGAGCUUUGCGCAGAAGACAGAAUUAUAUACAUAAAUGCACGUGUACAGCAUGAGUCUCGGUUUCUUUCCCUUUGAAAACGCGAGGGACUUAGACAACCCAAAUGUUUAGCGGAACAGAGUUGCAGUCAGUUGCUUGAGCUCUUCUGUUUCAUCUCCAUGUAUCCCCUUGUGCUCGUGAAGUAAAUGUAGUUAUUUUUUCGGUUCAUUUAUACAUGACCUAGAAACUGCGAGGAAAAUUGAAACGAAGCCUACAGGCAUGUCAGUCAGAAAGGUUUGUGGAGUAACAGCUGGGCAGAGGUAGAGUGACAAUCUGAAAUAAUGGGAAGCUCACAUAAGAAGAAGGUAUCUGAGCUGGAAAAGAUAAAUGAUCCCAACUUUAUCAUCGAGCUUGCAGUCGGACCUCCCAUAGCGGAGUUGGUCCCUCAAAAUCCAGCAGCGGGUGACGGAGUUACUUUGGGUGGCAAAUUUUUGAACAAACCAAGUCGAUUCAUUUUCAAGAAGGCACAUCUGACAGCCGACGACAAUCGGAUAUUUGAUGCUGAUACUGGACAAUUAGUUUGUGUUUCCCAUCAUUACGGAAAGAACCCAUACGAGAGUUUAGACCCGCUGGGUAUUUCCGGUCAAAAUGAUUAUUGGCAGAGAAGCCAUAUUCUCGGAGAGUGGGAAUCCGUCUGUCACGUUACUGGGUACCGGGGAAUGCCCAGCUUCAAAGUGAGGCCAAAAACAUUUUCUGUUCACGGAAGGCAGUACAUACAAGACAACAGAGGAGAACAUACCUUCUUUAACAUAGCCAAGCAGUCUCGGAUGAAGUCUAUGUCUAUCAGACAUAAUCUCGUGGUCUGCAAAGGUGAAACGGAGGAUGACGUUUAUGCUAUCCUAGUGGACAUGGCUGGCCGAACGAUGCAGGUGGUAAAUGAGAAGGAAGAAAGAGUGGCGCACAUAGAAAAAUCAAUGAAGACUCUCUUGAUGAAUGCCGCUUUGGGAGCAGGGUCUGAACUGAUGAUUGAUAUAGCACCUGGAGUAGAUUGGACGGCUAUUUUGGCUAUAGUCAUAGGAUUGAAACAGGUAGGAGAGCACUUCUUGAAGGACGCCGUGAGUAACUUUGUUUUAAAUCCAGCACAGAAUGCAGCUCAGGACUACGUGCUUGAUGUAACGGGUAUGCAGGAAGUUGCCGGUGACGCUGGUCAUAUUACCGACCAGGCCAUACGCAGCCUCAACGUCUUUCAGCAGAUUAUGAGAGAGUUUUAUCACUAGGCCGAACGGUAGGCCGAACGGUACAUAGCUGUCGAAAAUUUGUUCAGGUUACUGUAUGUCUCGCUUCUUGCCUGAUAUAUUUAUUCAGCCCUUCCAAUUACUUGAACCGUCAUCAUUAUGCCUGAUAGUAAUAACCAUACCCGCAUUGUACACUUUGUAGGUCUCAUACAUAUAGCAAUGUUUGUAGUCCUGAUCAUUUAUAAGCAAUUCAAAGCCUGUUAUAGGUGGUGUACAGCUACUACGUUCAGUCAACAGUAAAAAACAAUCCAGAAUCUGAUAUUCACUCUACGUUUUCUGGGUAAAUUUACGUCUUCGAUCGGUUUUUUCAUGUAAUAUCUUACAGGAAUAACUAUUGGAUAUCAGUUUUAUUAAUGAUUGUAGUCCUUAUCAUUGUCCCAGCAUUUCGUUUCUUUCAGACCAAAUCUCCUACAGUACCAAACGACCAGGCGACAUUUGGCGGAGACAAUUUUCUCCGUAGGAGGCUU